AUGCGGCGCGCCAGCCGAGACUAUUCCAAGUACCUGCGCGGCGCCGAGGAGCUGGGGACCGGCGGCGUUGCGCACGAGGGCGGCUCUGCCCCCUCGGCCUCCUUGCAGCCGGCCGGGCUUGCGGCCGCCCCGUCCGUCCCGUCCGCCUCCCGAGCCCUCCUGGCCGCCCUGGUCCUGCUGGGGCUCGGCCAGGUCAUCUGCAGCCUGGCUCUCUUCCUCUACUUCAAGGCGCAGAUGGACCCACAUCGAAUUUCUGAAGAGGAUGCCAACUGCUUAAGGUCCUUCCUGAGACUUCAAGGGAAUGUGGAUCUGCCAGAAGCCACCUUGGCCAACCAAGAGGCACGGCUGUUGUCUGAAUCGUGUCGAAGGAUGAAGCAGGCUUUCCAGAGAGUAAUGCAAAAGGAGGUCCAGCGUCUGAGCGCUGGGAAAGACCAAUCAAGAUUGGAGAAAUCCACAAUGGGAGCUUCUUGGUCAGAUUCACCCAAGAAAAGCAAACCUGAGAAAGCUCCAUUUGCUCAUCUGAUAAUUGAUAGCCACAAUAUUCCUUCUGGCACCGGAAAAGUGAACCUUACGUGUUGGCUCCAUGACAAAGGCUGGGCCAACCUGGUGAAUAUGACCUUCAGCGACGGCAGAUUGAUAGUCAAUCAUGAUGGCUUUUACUACCUGUACGCCAACGUGUGCUUCAGGCACCACGAAACGUUGGGCAUCCUGACUGGCCAGGCGUUGCAGCUGAUGGUGUACGUGGUCAAAACGGACGCCAAAAGGAGAAACUCGGUCGUCCUGAUGAAAGGCGGGAGUACCAAGAAUUGGUCGGGGGAAUCCGAGUUUCAUUUUUUCUCGGUAAACGUCGGCGGGUUUUUCAGACUGAAGUCGGGAGAGAUGGUGACCAUCCAGGUCUCCUAUCCUUCCUUAUUGAACCACUCCCCGGAGGGAACUUAUUUUGGCGCCUUUAAAGUCAGAGAUAUUGAUUGAAUAUUGAUUUUUUAAAAAAAAUAUUGGGAAAAAUGUGGUAUUUAUUCAGCUGGGUUGGGGUGAAUUGGAGGAUGGAGUUACAGCUUAUGGGGUCCAGCUGUCUACAGGUAGACCUUGACUUACGACAGCCGUUGAGCCCAACAUUUGUGUUGCUAAGCGAGACAAUUGAUUAAGUGAGCUUUGCCCCAUUUUACAACUUGUCUCUCCACUUUGGGUAAGGGAAUCACUGCAGUGGUUCAAUUAGCAACACGGUUGUUAAGCAAAUUUGGUUCCCCCCAUGGAUCACGUGACCCUGGGACACUGCAACCGUCAUAAAUAUGACUCAGUGGCCAAGCGUCUGAAUUUGGAUCGUGUGACCAUGGCAGUCCUAAGUAUGAAAAUCGGGCCUAAGUCCCUUUUGUUGUCAUUUUAACGGUCUUUAAAUCAGCUGUUAUAAGUCGAAGACUAACUCUAUAAACUCAAUUUCCUGGCCAGCUUUACUGAUAGCUUGUUUUCAAAAACCUGAUUCUAAAGUUAGGAUGGACCAGCUAAAAACUUUCAUUUAAAGGUUUUUUUGGGAUAAUUUGUCCUGCGGACAAAUAGCUCUACAAUCCUAUGAAUUGCCAGUCUAUCUGUAAUGGCAUUUAAACCAUGGCUUAUAAAAACACUUCUAAAAGCUAAUCAGCUUUGGUGUCAUACAGGAAAUCAAGAGUUGGCUCCAGAAGACAUGAGUAGCAUGUUAUAGCUGCUUGUUAAAAUCUGGAAAAAAUAAAUAAAUAAGUUCCUUCUGAUUUUAACAGAAAACUAACUUCUUGAAAAGCUAAAUUUUUUUUUGAUUGGUUUGGGUGAAUAUUUGCAAAUAAACUCGCGUGGAAUUGGGUUGUUCAUUUGGAUCGACUCUUUGUGAAUUUUUGCACGGUAUGGAGAGUCCUUGACGUAUGACUUCAAUCGAGCCCAAAAUUUGCAUUGCUAGGUGAGAAAUUUGUUAAGCGGGUUUUGCCCCAUUUUACUUUUCUUGCCACGGUUGGUAAGCGGAUCAUUGGUGUUGUUAAGUUAGUAACAUGGUCGUUAAAUGAAUCUGGCUUCCCCCAUUGAUUUUGCUCAUCAGAAGGUCGCCAAAGGGAUCACAUCACCUCAGGACACUGCAACCGUCAUAAGUACAUGCCAGUUGCCAAGCGUCUGAAUUUUGAUCACGUAACCAUGGGGACGGUCGUAAGUGUGAAACAUAUCCUUAAGUCAUUUUUUCCCCAGUGCCGUUGUAACUUUGAAUCGUCACUAAGUGGACUCUUGUAAGUCAAGGACUACCUGUAAAUUUUUGGCCUGGUUUUGAGGGAACUCUCAGAAGUGUGCCUUACAAAUUUUGUUUUAUAUGGUACUCAGUAAAGCAACUUAUGCACUGACACAAUUUUGUAAUGAAAACAUCGGGGGGGGG